AUGGCAGACCAGACUACCCUCUCGUCUCUCGAGGAGACGACGACCCAGGACGUCACCACCACCACGACCCCUCCCAUGAAUGAUCUUUCUUUUGCGAAAAAGAGCACCACAGAGCCCGCAGGACUGGAUGACAUUAGUCAUGUCCUGAAUAGACUCAAUCUGGAUUUGGAUGAAUCGCCAGACAGACUCGACCACCUGGACCACCUGGACCAUCUCGAUGCGCGCCACGCUAACUCGUCCAUCUUCUCUGCCCAAUUCUCUCCGCUGGCACAGCAGGUCAAGACCCAUAUCCCUUCAACGCCGCCGGAUCCGAGCUCCAAACUCUCCUCCAGCUCGUCAACCUCCACUCUGCUGCUGCCGAAUCAGCAGUCCUUCUCUGCCACUCAGCCUCGGACGCCAACCUGGUCCAACUCCUCCAAGUUGGCCUCAUUCCAGUCUCACGUGUUACCCGACCUCGCGUCCACACCCAACACCCAGCACUCCCAAUUCGGCCACCAGUUCCUGUCCAUGACCCCCCAGAUGCCGUCCCCGAUUUCCGGGUUCGCGGGCCCCCACGGCACCCCGUUCUCCAACCCGGGCUCGGGACUCAACUUCCAGUCCUCUUCUGUGGGCCAGUUCGUUCUCCCUGAGAACACCCCUGCACCACUAGGAAAGGACAAGGACGAGCUGUUUGACCCGCUCUCGCGGGCCUCUUCCACGUCAUCGUUCGGUCCGCCUAUCGGCAGUCAGAUGGGCCCCCAAAUGGGCGACCAAAGCCGUCGGCUCACCUACCCGCUCGCCUCUCCGUCCCAGGACACCUCCAUUUCUGCUCUGCAUCCGGCACUCACCAACGAGAUGUUGGCCGGCACCGUUGCCGGAGGCUCUAUUGGCAUGGGAGUGAGCACCUCCUCUAACGGGUCGUCGUUUCCGGGCUCAAACCUCGUUUCUGGGUACAACCAACAGAUGUCUGUUCCGAUGAACAGCAGAAAUUCAUACAAGUCCAAUUACAACGGUUACUCCAAGCCGGCACAAAGCGACAGUCCCCGUCCUCAAUUGUCGAUGUCUGCCACUGCAAAUGUCCAUAGAAAGCACUCGUCGAACAAGCGUCGGGGCGAGGACGCUUCGAGGUUUUUGAAUGCCUCUUUGGACGAUUUUGUCAACGACAUUUAUUUCCUGUGCAAAGAUCAACACGGAUGUCGGUUCCUUCAACGGCAACUGGAGAUUGGCGGCUCGGAAGCGGCCACCAAGAUCUUCAACGAGAUCCAACUGAAUGUCAUUGAGCUGAUGGUGGACCCGUUCGGCAACUAUUUGAUCCAAAAGUUGUUGGAGAAAGUCAACGACGAGCAGCGCACCACGCUUUUCAAAAAUGCGUCGGCGCAGUUCGUCCGGAUUGCGUUGGAUGCACACGGCACAAGGGCCCUACAAAAGCUGGUGGAGUGUACCAAGACACAGGUGGAAUGCGACGUGAUUGUGCAAGCUCUUUCUUCUUACGUGGUGCUGUUGAGUAGAGACCUGAACGGCAACCAUGUUGUACAGAAAUGUCUACAGAAACUGCCUCCCGCCUCGUGCGACUUCAUCUUUGAUGCUGCGUGCGACAACUGCGUCAAGAUCGCCAAACAUAGACACGGAUGCUGUGUUCUGCAACGGUGUUUUGACCACGGAACGUCGGAACAAUGUGAGAGGCUCGCGUUGCAGGUGGGCCGUCAUUGUGUCGAGCUCAGCACGGAUCCAUACGGGAACUACGUGGUGCAGUACGUGUUGAGCAUGGAGGAGAACCGGCUGCGGGUUGCAAACGAUAUGUUUUCCGGCUCCAAGCUGCCCAACACUGUUCCGGCCAUCGAACUGGUGGUCAACUCGCUCACAUCGAACCUGAUCAAAUUGUCGACGCACAAGUUCGGGUCCAACGUGAUCGAGAAGAGUCUGCGGAUCCCGACGCUGGCGCCGCUGCUGAUUUCCCAGCUGCUCAAGGAAACGUCAAACCUCAAACUCCUGCUACACGACGCUUACGGAAACUACGUGCUUCAGACAGCUUUGGACGUUGCUGACGACACCAGUUUCAAAGACCUCAGCGAGCUGCUCAAGCCGUACCUGGGGGACGUGAGAAACACCCCGCACGGGCGCCGGAUCUUGUCCAAGCUGGCCUCUCGCGGCGGCUCGUCCUUGAACGGUGCUUCGUUCGACAGGAACAGCUACUCAUUGUGA